CGUUUCUGGGUUAUGUUUUGAUUCGUUUUUGGAGAAGCUGCAAUUACAUAAUAACUGACACAUCGCCAGAUUUCAAAUAUCAGUCUGUCACAAUCGACAAAUGUCAAACUUGACGUGCUUUUAAAUUUUGUUGUUUUCUGUUAAACGUUUGUAUAGUGAAAAUAUUUUUAAAAUGGAAAACAAAGAAAACGUAAUCGAAAUAACUAAAACCUUGAAGCAACUUCCAAAUAUACAUUAUCCUUCAGGUGUCAUUUAUCAAAGAAUAGAAAGACUGAAAGCCCACAAUUGCCUUAAAACCAGUGAAUUAGAAGCAAUAUAUCAUCUAGUCGAAUCUCAUGUACCAAGUUUACGCCUGCAAACGGUCUUACGUUACGAAAAACUUUUAACUUCAGUCACAGAUAAUGUAAAAUUGUCUUUGGACAAAAAUCAUGUCGCUUCAAGUUGCACGAAUACUACAAUGAGUGAGAACAUCAAUAAUUUACUUAACAAGAUUGAAGAAAUGCCUAUGGAAUGGACUUUAGUUCAACUCACACCACAUUUUACUCCUAAAGCAAACGUAGAAAUGGCCACAAAUAAGCAUUAUACAACGUCUUUAUACAUUUCUGUAUUCAUUUGUGGUUUAAACCAACCUAAACCUUUUUGUGUCAGUAUUGAAGCACCUAAAGAUAGUGUCACGGGGGCUCCUGUUGAGUUAGCCAAAGAGAUACACUCCAUAUUUUUUGAUAACAAACAACUUUUAUUGAAUUCAUCGAAACAAAGACAUUUUCAAAAUGUUUCACAAAAACAGCAGUAUUAUUUUCAAAGGAAAUCAAUUGAUGACAGACUAAAAAUGCUAGUCAAAGAUUUAAGUGACUUGUAUUUAAAAGAAUGGAAAUGUCUAUUUAUGGGAAAAUACAUCAAUGGUGAUUUAGAAAAUAAAAUACAAGAACGAAUUCAAGAUUUUUUCAAAACAGAAUUACCAUCGUUUAAUUUAGAUGAAAAAACUAAAAUUAUUAUGCACUAUUUAGUAAAAAGUUGCAACUAUUUAAAAAUCACCGAAUUAAGGCGCGCUGUACAAUCCAUGUUUUCCGAGAAAAAUGUACAAAAAAGUGUUGCUCAAUUCAUUAGGAAUUUAUCAGAGGAAUUGAAUCUUUUUCAUGAAAAAAGGCAUCCUUUAAUUUUAAUUAUUGAUGAUAGUCUAGACAUCUACCCUUGGGAAAUGAUGGAAAUUUUAUCUGAAACCUCAGUUUCACGACUACCAUCUCUAUAUUUGGCUUAUGCUUUAUAUAAAGAGCACAAAGACACUAUAAAGGAUGGUUUUAAAAUCGUAAAAAAACCGCAAAGUGGCACAUAUCUCAUAAACCCGGAUUUAGAUUUGGUUAAUAUGCAAAAUCGUAUUGAAAGUUUUUGUAAUUAUUGGUUGCCCACAUGGGAGGGGAUUAUCGGUGCAAGGCCGACUAAUGAGCAAUUUGAAAAACUGCUUUUAUCAGGAGAAAUUUUCUCUUAUAACGGUCACGGGAACGGUUCGCAUUUUUUCUCUACAAUUAAUGUUGAAAAAAUUCGAAUAAAUGCUGUUGUUUUAUUAUUUGGUUGUGGCAGUACACGCUUGACUAGAAUAGGGCCCCAAACUGAAAUGUCCACGGCGUCUCAUGUGUAUUUAAUUGCUUGCAGUCCUUGUACUGUGGGAAUGUUGUGGGAAGUGACAGAUUUGGAUACUGAUAUUUUAGCAACUGAAUUUUUGAGUUAUUGGUUACCCAAUAAAAAAGUGCAUUGGAAGCAUCUUGAUAAGACAAAAUGGAAGAAGGGGGAAAAAGUGAAUUUUUCAGUUGAGCAGUGUGAUUCACCCAGUUAUGACUCUCAUGAGCCAGAAUUGUUAAAGGCCUUGAGUGCUGCAAAGAAAUCGCCACAAUUAAAUUUUUAUACAACCCGAGCAGGGUGUGUGGCAAGGGGAAUCCCAGUUAAAAUAAUUACAAAAUAAUUUUUUUAAUGUUUUAAUUUUUAAAGUGUAACUAACAACAACAAUUGCUCAACCUCAUUUAUUUUUGCCUAGUUCAGAUUUUAUUCGUUUCAAAAGUGAGGGCAUGUAUGCAAUUUGUUUAUCAACACAGUUUUUGGCACACGUUUCAAAUAAAGCUGUAUAUUUACUAACCUAAAAAACAAAAUAUAUUUUUGCAAUUUUA